UCAAGUGUUCAACACGGAUUCUCUCCUACGCGGCAAAGCCGCGACGGUCCCAUUUCACAAUAUUAAAUAUUCAGCUGUCCUGCUUAAAGAUAACGGUCCUUGUUUCGGCUCGGCUUUGUCGAAGACUUGAGCUAAAACCUAAGUGAAGUAAAAGGGCUAACUUUGUUCUCGACUUGUUUGUGUUUUAGAUUCCGACAAUGGAUCUCCGUGAAUCGAUCAGGAGGCAAACCGACGUAACCUUAAGCCUGACGAAGCACGUGCUCCAGACCGAAGCCAAGGACUCCAACCUUGCCUUCUCGCCGCUGUCGAUCCACGUGGUGCUCAGCAUGAUCGCGGCUGGCUCUACGGGCCCAACCCUCGACCAGCUCCUCUCUUUCCUCAAGUCAGCAUCCAACGACCACCUCGGCUCCUUCUCCUCCGAGCUCGUUUCCGUUGUGUUCGCCGACGGUAGCCCCGCGGGUGGGCCCCGGUUGUCGUUUGCCAACGGGGUUUGGAUCGACAAGUCUCUCCCUCUCAAGCCUUCUUUCAAACAGGUUGUGGAUAAUGUCUACAAGGCUGCUUCUAAUCAAGUCGAUUUCCAAACCAAGGCUGUUCAAGUGGCUGGUGAAGUGAAUUUGUGGGCAGAAAAGGAGACCAGUGGUCUUAUUAAACAACUUCUUCCGCCAGGGUCGGUUGAUGGUUCAACCAGGCUUAUAUUUGCUAAUGCACUUUACUUCAAAGGAGCUUGGAAUGAAACGUUCGAUGCGUCAAAAACAAAAGAAAAUGACUUCUACCUUGUAAAUGGAAGCUCUGUUAAGGCACCUUUUAUGACCAGCCAAAAGAAGCAAGCCGUUGGUGCGUAUGAUGGUUUCAAAGUCCUAGGGCUUCCGUAUAAACAAGGUGGAGAUAAGCGUCGUUUCUCCAUGUAUUUCUUUCUUCCAGAUGCAAAAGAUGGUCUGCCGGCUUUGGUAGAGAAAGUGAGUUCUGAAUCUGGUUUCUUGGAACGCCACCUGCCAUAUGAACCAGUUAAAGUGGGUGAAUUCAGGAUUCCAAGAUUCAAGAUUUCAUUUGGAUUCGAAGCUUCUGAAGUUCUGAAGAGAUUAGGACUUGUAUUGCCUUUCUCUGGUGAAGGAGGUUUGACAGAGAUGGUGGAUUCGCCUUUGGGUCAAAGCCUGUAUGUUUCAAAUAUAUUCCAUAAAUCUUUCAUUGAAGUUAAUGAAGAAGGGACAGAAGCUGCAGCUGCUUCUGCUGGUGUUAUAAGACUCAGGGGUGUGCUUGUUGAGGAAAAAAUAGAUUUUGUGGCUGACCAUCCAUUCCUCUUCCUGAUCAGGGAAGAUGUGACUGGAGUUGUUCUGUUCAUUGGGCACGUCCUCAAUCCUCUUGAAAGUUGAUAAAUCUGUUCUGAUCCUUAUGUAGGAAAAUGUGUACGAGGAGGAUAACUAGCUGAACAAAUGGAAGAUUUGUGGUUAUUUUAAGCAUCCGGUUGAUGUGUUGUAGUUUGCAUAUGCCAGAGCCUAGUGCCGCUUAAGUGGUUGUGUAGUCUAACCCGUGUGACUUAUGCUUUCUUGUAAGUUUCCUUUUCGUUUCCUAUGUCUUUGCUGUUGAUCCCAGUAGGUUAUAACAAUAAACUACUUGUUGUUCCCAUUAGAAAUACAUUCUCAUGGCUUUUGACUUGUUGAAUACUUAAAGCUUAGCUCUCCUCUCUUA